AUGCGAGCAUUCACUCAGAAGACCAACAAAUGGCAGCAGAAAGUCAAAACUGGCAACAAAAAGUCGAAACGGGCAACAGAAAAGUUGCCUGGCGUAUCACCUUCAGUGAUAACGCGACGCUCCGCGCCCCCUUCCUACUUGCGUCCUGGAUUCGUCGCUCCGCUCCGAAUUAUCACCCCAAAGGUUGUCUGGAGUAUCGCCUUCGGCGAUACCGCAACGUCGGCUUCGCAGACGUUGACGACGGCGCUUCCAGUCGUCGCUGUAGUCGACUCUGUUGACAACAGAGUGUCGGCUCCGCCGACACUAAGAACAUUCUUGAGAAACGUUCCGUAA